GUGGCCUACCAAGCGCGCCCGCCAGCUCUCGCGCCUCUCUCGCGCCGGCCCUUCCGCGGGUGAUCAGCUGGUCUGCGCUCCCCUGACGUGGGCUGGGGCACGUCACCGCCGAAUGGCAGCCUCCAGAAAGCCACCGCGAGUAAGGGCGAACCACAAGGAUUUUCAGCUGAGAAAUUUAAGAAUAAUUGAACCUAACGAGGUGACACACUCAGGAGACACAGGUGUGGAAACAGACAGCGGAAUGCCUCCAAAGGUGACUUCAGAGCUGCUUCGGCAGCUGAGACAAGCCAUGAGGAACUCUGAGUAUGUGACUGAACCGAUCCAGGCCUACAUCAUCCCGUCAGGAGAUGCUCAUCAGAGUGAGUAUAUUGCUCCGUGUGACUGUCGGCGGGCUUUUGUUUCUGGAUUCGAUGGCUCUGCGGGCACAGCCAUCAUCACAGAAGAGCAUGCCGCCAUGUGGACUGACGGGCGCUACUUUCUCCAGGCUGCCAAGCAAAUGGAUAGCAACUGGACACUCAUGAAGAUGGGUCUGAAGGACACACCAACUCAGGAAGACUGGCUGGUGAGUGUGCUUCCUGAAGGAUCCAGGGUUGGUGUGGACCCCUCGAUCAUUCCUACAGAUUAUUGGAAGAAAAUGGCCAAGGUUCUUCGAAGUGCUGGCCACCACCUCAUUCCCGUCAAGGAGAACCUCGUUGACAAAAUCUGGACAGACCGUCCUGAGCGCCCUUGCAAGCCUCUCCUCACACUGGGCCUGGAUUACACAGGCAUCUCCUGGAAGGACAAGAUUGCAGACCUUCGGUUGAAAAUGGCUGAGAGGAACGUCGUGUGGUUUGUGGUCACUGCCUUGGAUGAGAUUGCGUGGCUAUUUAACCUCCGAGGAUCGGAUGUGGAGCACAAUCCAGUAUUUUUCUCCUACGCAGUCAUAGGACUAGAGACAAUCAUGCUCUUCAUUGAUGGUGAUCGCAUAGAUGCCCCCAGUGUGAAGGAGCACCUGCUUCUUGACUUGGGCCUGGAGGCUGAAUACAGGAUCCAGGUGCAUCCCUACAAGUCCAUCCUGAGCGAGCUCAAGGCCCUGUGUGCUGACCUCUCCCCAAGGGAGAAGGUGUGGGUCAGCGACAAGGCCAGCUAUGCUGUGAGCGAGGCCAUCCCCAAGGACCAUCGCUGCUGUAUGCCUUACACCCCUAUCUGCAUCGCCAAAGCUGUGAAGAAUUCAGCCGAGUCAGAAGGCAUGAGGCGGGCUCACAUCAAAGAUGCUGUUGCCCUCUGUGAACUCUUUAACUGGCUGGAGAAAGAGGUUCCCAAAGGUGAUGUGACAGAGAUCUCAGCUGCUGACAAAGCCGAGGAGUUUCGCAGGCAACAGGCUGACUUUGUGGACCUGAGCUUUCCAACCAUUUCCAGUACGGGACCCAACGGCGCCAUCAUUCACUACGCGCCAGUCCCUGAGACGAAUAGGACCUUGUCCCUGGAUGAGGUGUACCUCAUUGACUCUGGUGCUCAAUACAAGGAUGGCACCACAGAUGUGACGCGGACAAUGCAUUUUGGGACCCCUACAGCCUACGAGAAGGAAUGCUUUACGUAUGUCCUCAAGGGCCACAUAGCUGUGAGUGCAGCCAUUUUCCCGACUGGAACCAAAGGUCACCUUCUUGACUCCUUCGCCCGUUCAGCUUUAUGGGAUUCAGGCCUAGAUUACUUGCAUGGGACCGGACAUGGUGUUGGGUCUUUUUUGAACGUCCACGAGGGUCCUUGUGGCAUCAGUUACAAAACAUUCUCUGACGAGCCCUUGGAGGCAGGCAUGAUUGUCACUGAUGAGCCCGGGUAUUAUGAAGAUGGAUCUUUUGGAAUUCGCAUUGAGAAUGUUGUCCUUGUGGUUCCUGUGAAAACCAAGUAUAAUUUUAAUAACCGGGGAAGCCUGACCUUUGAACCUCUCACUUUGGUUCCAAUUCAGACCAAAAUGAUAGAUGUCGAUUCUCUUACAGACAAAGAGUGUGACUGGCUCAACAAUUACCACCUGACCUGCAGGGACGUGAUUGGGAAGGAACUGCAGAAACAGGGCCGACAGGAAGCUCUUGAGUGGCUCAUCAGAGAGACACAACCCAUCUCCAAACAGCAUUAAUACCUCUCUGGUUUUGUUUUUGCAAAAUGCUCUGGGGAAAGGAAGAAACAUGGUGGAUCCCUGACAUCUUUCCCCUUUCCUCUCCUCCUUCCCUACCUCCCCUUUUUACUUUAGACUUUAAGAAGAACAGAGAAUCUUCUUAUCCUCUUUGAUAUCUUCUUGCAAACACUCAGUCUUUUAUGAUUUUUUAAUUGUUGAGAACGAGCCAAGAAUAAAAUUGCUGCACCAGAAGGAAGGUCCCUCCAAAGUUGAACAGCUGAUGAAAGGGAGAUGCCCUGCCUUCUCUGGCCAGUGAUGGGGAAACUGUGAGUGCUCCAUGACGGUCACGAUUCAGGUGCUAGUACAUCAUUCAUGAUCACCUUAAUGCUCAUGAGACUAUAUUUAUGAUCGGUGAAUAAAAAUGUCAAAACUGUG